AUGACCAUCCUAGAAACUAUCUUCAAAGACCACCAACCGCUGAAACUGCUCAAUCUUACAUACCUUCGCUACAAAUCGUUCGCCCGCUUCUGGACGCACAACGGUGCCGCAAUGUCCCAGGAGAUCCCUGGUCCCCUCAACUCCCUUGUCGGUGAUUGCCGCGGGUUGGUGCUUGACAUUGGCCCCGGUACCGGCGAGCUCCUUAAACGGUUCAAUCCCGAGGGCAUCACGGCGAUCUAUGGCGUUGAGCCUGCUGCGGAUUUACAUACGGGACUGCUCAAGAAUGCACAGGAAGCUGGCUUUGGCGAGAAGUACCACGCGCUGCUCUGCGGCGGCGAGCCUGAGAGUUUGAUCCCUGCUUUGCAUAAGAAUGGAAUCUUGAGCACAAGUGGGACGAACGAAGAUGGGAUCUUCGAUGAGAUCUGUUGUCUGAGAGUGCUAUGCGGGGUACCUCAGCCGGAGGCAACUAUCAAAGGGUUGUAUACGUUGCUGAAGCCUGGAGGUAGGAUGGUCAUCUGCGAGCACGUUGUCAAUCCAUGGCGGACGGAGGGCCGUAUUGAUGCACGGGUGAUGCAGUUCGUGUACAGUAUUCUGGGAUGGCCGUUCUUCCUGGGCGGAUGCGAAAUGCAGAGGCAUACGGGUGAAUUUCUGCGAAAGGCGGGAGUCGUGACCGGUGCCAACAAGGGCAUUGGGCUUGCAAUUGUCCGACAGCUAGCACUGCAAUAUCCCAAGUCUCCUUUGCACAGUGGUCCUUUCCUAAUCUAUCUCACUGCUCGCGAUCAGGGCCGAGGUGAAGCCGCUCUGAAAGACCUACACGAUGAUGUGCAACUCAAGAAAGCUAAGGCAUUGAAGAGUGACGGCGGCGAGUCUGAGAUCAGGUACCAUCAAUUAGAUAUAACAGACCGCAAGAGCGUGGAAUCUUUUGCAGCGCACCUCAAGCAGGAGCACGGGGACGGUGUCGACUUCGUCAUCAACAACGCUGGAAUCGCUAUGAAUGGCUUUGAUGCCAACAUUGUCAAAACUACUUUGGGCUGCAACUACUAUAAUACCGUGGAGGCGUGCCACAUGUUCUUGCCACUGUUGAAGCCAGAAGGUCGCAUUGUGAACGUGGCAAGCAUGUCUGGUCAUCUAAAUAAGUAUGCCGACGACAUCCGUAACCGAUUCCUCGCUGCCAAAUCGGAGAGCGAUAUCACCAGUAUCAUGAAGGACUUCGCAUCCGCCGUAGAAGCUGGCAAAGAGAAGGAGGCGGGAUUUCCAAGUGCUGCGUAUGCUGUUUCGAAGGCUGGGUUGAUCGGCGCUACCAAGGCACUUGCUCGAGCUGAAGAGGAGAAGGGAAGCAAGAUUCUAGUGAACGCGUGCUGCCCAGGCUACGUCAAUACCGACAUGACCAAGGGCAAUGGAACCAAGUCGCCUGACGAAGGCGCGCAGACCCCUGUUUUGCUAGCAUUAGCGGACAUCAAAGGGACUACAGGGGGAUUCUGGCAGCAUGAGAAGCCUAUCGAGUGGUAG